AUGGCUGACGUCUCGGACCCUAGCAUCGCCGAAGCCUACCUGGACGUGCGGAACGACAAGUCCGAGACCAACUGGCUGUUGCUCGACUACGAAUCAGACAGAUCCGACAAGCUCAAGCUUACCCAGACGGGCACUGGCGGUCUCAAGGAACUCCAAGAACACCUCGACGAUGGAAAAGCCUCCUUCGCCUAUGUUCGCGUCACGUUCUCAAACGAUGAACAGUCCACCCGGGAGAAGUUUGCGCUCGUUGUCUGGAUAGGACCUGACUGCAAAGUGAUGAGGAGGGCAAAGGUCUCCGUUCAUACCGCCGAUGUGAAGAACGUCCUGCGGGUAUACUCGAUCGAAGUGGCGGCGCGAGAGAAGGACGAUCUCAGGGAGGAGCCAAUCAUUUUGAGAAUGAGAAAGGCUGGAGGCGCGAGCUACGAUGGUAUUUGA